AUGUGGGUGCCAGACCAUUCCACGGCGCCUCUCAAGAUGGACAGCCGCUACACCAGCUCCGCGGGCCUCGGGGAUUUAAACCAGCUGAGCACGGCCAUCCCGGCCACGCGAGUGGAGGUGUCCGUGUCCUGCAGAAAUCUUCUGGACAGAGACACGUUUUCUAAAUCUGAUCCAAUUUGUGUCUUAUAUAUACAAGGAGUUGGAAAUAAAGAAUGGAGAGAGUUUGGAAGGACUGAAGUAAUUGAUAAUACUUUAAAUCCUGAUUUUGUAAGAAAAUUUAUUCUGGACUACUUUUUUGAAGAAAAAGAGAAUCUUCGUUUUGAUUUGUAUGAUGUUGAUUCGAAGAGUCCCAACUUGUCCAAACAUGACUUUCUGGGACAAGUGUUUUGUACAUUGGGGGAGAUUGUUGGUUCACAGGGAAGUCGCCUGGAAAAGUCCAUAGUAGGAAUUCCAGGGAAGAAAUGUGGUACAAUCAUACUUACAGCAGAGGAAUUAAACUGUUGCAGAGAUGCUGUUCUAAUGCAAUUUUGUGCAAAUAAAUUGGACAAGAAGGACUUCUUUGGAAAAUCAGAUCCUUUUCUUGUAUUUUAUCGAAGUAAUGAAGAUGGCAGUUUUACAAUCUGUCAUAAAACAGAAGUUGUCAAAAACACUCUAAAUCCUGUAUGGCAAGCGUUCAAGAUCUCAGUAAGAGCUUUAUGUAAUGGCGAUUAUGACAGAACAGUCAAAGUAGAGGUGUAUGACUGGAAUCGAGAUGGAAGUCAUGAUUUCAUUGGAGAAUUUACAACAAGCUACAGGGAACUUUCUAGAGGGCAAUCACAGUUCAAUGUAUAUGAGGUGAUAAAUCCCAGAAAGAAAGGAAAAAAGAAGAAAUAUACUAAUUCAGGAACAGUCACCUUGCUGUCUUUCUUGGUAGAAACAGAAGUUUCAUUCCUCGACUAUAUUAAGGGAGGAACGCAAAUCAAUUUCACAGUGGCUAUUGAUUUUACUGCAUCAAAUGGCAACCCUGCCCAGCCCACUUCUCUCCACUACAUGAACCCUUAUCAACUGAAUGCCUAUGGUAUGGCACUGAAAGCAGUGGGAGAAAUCGUUCAAGAUUAUGACAGUGAUAAAAUGUUCCCAGCUCUAGGUUUUGGUGCAAAACUGCCUCCGGAUGGAAGGAUAUCUCAUGAGUUUGCUUUGAAUGGGAACCCCCAAAACCCCUACUGUAAUGGCAUUGAUGGUGUCAUGGAAGCUUAUUAUAGGAGUCUGAAAUCUGUGCAACUGUAUGGGCCAACCAAUUUUGCUCCUGUAAUUAAUCAUGUAGCAAGAUAUGCUGCUUCCGUAAAGGAUGGCUCCCAGUAUUUUGUGCUCCUAAUUGUGACAGAUGGUGUUAUCUCAGAUAUGGCUCAAACUAAGGAGUCCAUAGUUAACGCUUCAAAACUUCCAAUGUCAAUAAUUAUAGUAGGUGUUGGACCAGCAGAAUUUGAUGCAAUGGUUGAAUUGGAUGGAGAUGAUGUAAGAGUUUCCUCCAGAGGAAAAUACGCUGAAAGAGACAUUGUGCAGUUUGUGCCAUUCAGAGAUUAUAUUGACAGAAGUGGAAACCACAUUCUGAGCAUGGCUAGAUUAGCUAAAGAUGUCCUAGCGGAGAUCCCUGAGCAGUUUCUCUCCUACAUGAGGGCCAGAGGAAUCAAGCCAUCACCUGCACCUCCUCCAUACACCCCAUCAACACAUGUGUUACAGACUCAAAUAUAA